UUUAUGAUAUUGACCAUUCAUUAGUCUUUGCUUCAGACCCUCGCCAUAGUCACUGUAUAUAUGUGCUGAACCACAAGGCCCAAACGCAACUCGAACAAACGAACGAGUCUUGCUUACCCGUCAACAAAUCCAUAGGCAAUAUCAGUAUCAACAACCCAUGGCUAGCGCAUUGCUGCUGGUGGUCACCGCCGUCGCUCUUGGCGCCGGCAAUGGAGCUGCCUUCGACCCCAACCCUCUUCAGGACUUCUGCGUCGCCGACACGACAUCCAAAGUGCGCGUGAACGGGCUGCCAUGCAAGGACCCGGCGACCGUCGUCCCGGACGACUUCUUCUUCGCCGGCGUCGACAAGCCUGGCAGAACGGAGAGCCGUCGCUACGGAUUCUCGGCGCUGUCCGUGCAGAUCCCCGGGCUGAACACGCUCGGCGCCUCGCACGCGCGCGUCGACGUCGCGCCGGGUGGCGUCUUCCCGCCGCACUACCACCCGCGGGCAUCGGAGACGGCCGUGGUGUUGGAGGGCGCCGUCUACUUCGGCUUCGUCACGUCGUACCCGGAGAACAAGCUCUUCGCCAAGGUGCUGCACAAGGGCGACGUCUUCGCCGUGCCGCAGGGGCUCGUCCACUUCCUCUACAACAACGGCACCGCGCCCGCCGCGCUGUACGCCACGUUGAGCAGCCAGAACCCCGGCCUGGUGCUCCUCGGCGACACGCUCUUCGGGUCCGGCCUCGCCGACGACCUCCUCGCCAAGACGUUCUUGACGGACAGAGAGACGGUCCACAAGAUUGGGGCCAAGUUCCGGUCAUAGAAGGCUGAUGGAUGUGUGUUUUAUUGUCGUUUGCAAAAUAAAAUAUCUGCAUGAAUUGACAAAUAAGAAUCAUGUGGAAGUUUCGAAGUUGGGCAAAUUUAGUAAAUAUCAUCACAAAUAUCGUAUAAGUUGAAAACUAUCAUCGGUAUCUCAAUGAUACG